CGAUAACAGCCUCGAAUAGCCUCGAGAUACCCUCAAACUUUUGAAUUCAUUCUGGGUACUGCCAAUCAACGCAACUAUGAACCCUAAUCUUGUGCCCGUGGCCAAGAGGAAGCCAAAGGCACCCGUCGGCGAAAAACCAGACUGGCUGUUUGGAAAUGGAGCGUCAAAGCCCGCCGCAACUCCUCAAGUUUCUUUAUCUCAGCCCAAAGCUGGAAAGAAGACGACAGUGAAAGGUGCCAAAGCAACCACCACCGAGAAAUCCACGAAGACUCCUCCUUCUCCCGAAUUACUCGAUCUUGUCGGUGAAUUCCUGACCGAAUUCGGAUUUAACAACACUGGCAACCUUUUUGCUUCCGAGCGCAAAGAUCGCACCAAGUCCGAGGGAUGGCAGGGUCGAUCUGCGGCUGCUGUCAAGACGACUUCAGUCACACUCGGAAAUAUCUACGAGAAGUUCCGCGAGACCACGAAUGGCAACACUGCCGACAAGCCGAAGGACGACCAAGCAGCACUUGCGAAGAAGGAGGUUGCGCCUAAGAAGGCCGAAGCAAAGAAAACCAAGGAGAAGCUCAAGCCAGUAGCUGCCAAGGAGUCAUCUAGCAGCAGCGGAGAUAGCGAUGUUGAGAUGGGUGAUGCGAAGGCAGUUACCACCAAAGCCAGCAAGAAAUCGUCUUCUUCGUCUUCUUCAUCGGGCUCGUCGAGCUCGGAGUCGUCAGACAGCGAUGCCGACGAUGAGAAGGAGGUCCCUGCAGCCAAAGCGGCAACCCCAAAGGCCAAGGUCAACGCAUUGAAGCGCAAGGCAUCGUCCGAUAGCAGCAGCAGCUCCUCCUCUGACUCCUCUUCUGACUCUGAUUCUUCAUCUGAGGACGAGGCUCCAAAGCGCAAGAAGUCUAAGACUGCCCCAGCCGCUGCUGAAUCCACAUCGUCAUCCGACAGCGACUCAUCCGACAGCGACUCAUCCGACAGCGACUCAUCCGACAGCGACUCGUCGUCAUCCGAAAGCGACAGCGCCUCCAAGAAGUCCGCCAAGUCUUCUUCGGACUCUUCAUCCUCUGAUAGCGACUCCUCCUCAUCUGAUUCUGAUUCAUCCUCCGACUCCGACUCUUCUACACAAUCCGCCGCCGCAAAGGUUCCCCUCCCUGACUCCGGUUCUGACUCGUCUUCCGACUCGGACAGUGACUCUUCAUCCGAUGAGGAGAUGGGCGAUGCCACCGCCAAAUCCGACUCCACUGCCACACUUGCAAGCUCGGACUCAGACGACAGCUCAUCAGCUGACAAGAAGACCAAGUCGAAAGACAAGAAAGCUGCUGCCAAGGCCAAGGAGGCUUCCCCUCCACUUCCACCACUUCCACCUAACCCAGUCCCAAAGAAGACCAAUGUCCCAUUCUCCCGAAUCCCCAAGGAUAUUGUUGUCGACGAGCGCCUUAAGAGCAACGCCUUCGUUCCCUACGACUACGCACAGAAGGCUCACGAGGAUCUCAUCGUGACGAAGGGCAAGGGUUUCACCAAGGAGAAGAACAAGAAGAAGCGUGGUAGCUACAGGGGUGGUUUCAUUGACGUUGAGGGAAAGAAGGGCAUCAGGUUCGACGAUUAGGAGUGUAAAAUGCGCUGGGCUUUAUCCAGAAUACUUCUGUAGCUAGGGGAUACGGUUAUUCCGUACGGAAAGCUCUCAUUGCGAUUAAUAGGGGAUAUAAAAUGCAUCAACCA